CACCCACACACACUUUAUCACAUAGCCUGCAUACACAUCAACUCUGCAGCCACACUGAGAGCAGAUCUGUUAACAGAGUGCUGAAGAUGCCUUCCUGUGCGUGGCUGUUGGCUUUGUCUGUGGCAGCCCUUUCAGGGAAUGUUGGUGCUGUUAUAUAUGAGCAAACUGAGAGGAACUGCUCUGCAACUCCACCGUUCCUCCCAAGCACAGCUGUAAAUACCACGCUGCAGCUGCAGGAGCUACGAGCUCAAAUGCUUCCUAUGAAUAUCUCUGCCUACAUUAUUCCAGGCACUGAUGCUCACCUGAGCGAGUAUAUUGCACCACGUGAUGCUAGGAUGGCCUUCAUAACUGGCUUUACAGGCUCCGCAGGCACCGCUGUAGUUACUCAGACUAAGGCCGCUCUGUGGACAGACAGCCGCUACUGGGUUCAAGCUGAGAGACAGCUGGACUGCAACUGGCAGCUAGAAAAAGAUGUGUCCAUCAGCAGCAUUGCAGAGUGGCUCAUCUCUGAGGUACCAUCAGGUGGAAAAAUCGGCUUUGAUCCCUUUCUCUUCUCCCUCAACACGCAGGAAAACUACGCCUUAAAUCUGGAGUCAAGCAAUCGCAGCCUUAAGUCCAUCACUGUUAACCUGGUUGACCAAGUGUGGAAAGACCGACCACAGCUCCCACCUGACAGCCUUAUCCGCCUGCCUGAUAGAGUCAUACAAAGGUCCUGGCAGAUAAAAGUAGAGCACAUACGGAGCCUGAUGAGGGAAAAUCCAUACGAGCCAACAGCCCUCCUGCUUUCUGCUCUGGAUGAAACAGCCUGGCUCUUUAAUCUGCGUGGGAAUGACAUUCCUUAUAAUCCUUUUUUCUACUCCUACACUCUUCUCACAAUGAAUGAGAUUUGGCUUUUUGUCCACAAUGACCGAGUGACAGAGGAUUUGAAGCUAUACCUAAAUGCCUCCUGUAACGAGGCCCUGUGUGUGCAGCUGAAAAGUUAUGACUCUGUCCUUGAACAUCUGAGCACAUAUGUGGCCCAGCAUGGGGUUAAAGUGUGGAUUGGUACAGAGUACACAAACUACGCACUUUAUGAGGUCAUCACACCACAGGACAAACUAGUGACCAGCUCUUACUCUCCUGUGUUGACGACUAAAGCUGUAAAAGAUGAGACUGAGCAGCAAAUUCUUAGGGAGGCCCAUGUGAGGGAUGCAGUUGCUGUCAUCCAGCUGUUGAUGUGGCUGGAAAAGGUUGUUCCAGAGGGGAAGGAGACUGAGCUGAGCGCAGCAGAAUAUGUCAAUAAGUGUAGAAGUAAACAGAAAGACAGCAGAGGCCCAAGUUUUGAAACAAUCUCUGCAAGUGGACCCAAUGCUGCUCUUGCCCAUUACAGCCCGACAGAAGAAACCAACAGGAGGUUGACAGUUGAUGAGAUGUACCUGGUCGACUCCGGGGGUCAGUAUCUAGAUGGGACCACUGACAUAACACGAACAGUUCACUGGGGGACACCCACAGAAAUGCAAAAGGAGGCCUUCACUCGAGUGCUCAUGGGAAACAUUGAGAUAUCUCGAACCGUUUUUCCCACUGGGACCAGAGGUGUAAAUAUGGAGAUGCUUGGACGCCGGGCGCUGUGGGAAGUCGGCCUUAACUACGGACACGGCACAGGUCAUGGUGUUGGAAACUACUUUGGAGUUCAUGAGUGGCCAGUUGGUUUUCAGAGCAACAACAUUCCCUUCAAAGUGGGCAUGUUCACAUCUAUUGAACCUGGAUAUUAUAAAGAGAAUGAUUUUGGAAUCAGGAUUGAAGACGUUGCUGUAACCGUACCCGCUCAUACAAAGUAUGGACAUAACUACUUGACGUUUGACACUGUGUCACUGGUUCCAUAUGACAGAAAGCUUAUUGACACCUCGCUUCUCAGCUCAGAGCAGCUUCAGUGGUUGAAUAAAUACUACGAGACAAUCCGAAGGCUGGUGGGUCCUGAGCUAGACAGGCAGGGUCUUCGUGAGGAGAAGGACUGGAUGCUCAAAAACACAGAACCUUUUGCUGAAUCUGGAUCCUCAGCCUCUGUCUGUUCCUCCUCCCUGACUCUCAUCAUUCUGGCCAUCGUCUUGCUCCACAAUAUAGUCUGAGCAUCUCCUGUUGCACUUCAUUGUAGACUUGCGCACUAAAGCUACCCCUAUGCAGUCUCUACUGAGCAGCUAUUCCACGUUGACAGAUGCAUAGUAAUUUAGCAUUGUUUUUUUUUUUUUGUUUGUUUGUUUGUUUUUUGUUUUGUUUUUUGUUUUUGUUUUUUAAAUUGUAAGAUAUGUUUAAUAAUUUAAAUACUUGGUUAAAUGUAUAAUCUUGUGCUGUUCAAAGUUUAAAAUGAUCUUUUGUGUGAUUUUUGGAUGUUGUAAGUUGAGUUUUUAAAUAUGUAUGACCAGCUAAUAUAAUUUCUAUUUUAUUAAAGUAACACUUUAAAACUG